UUCGGUUCUAGGCCUUGAAUUGGGAGCUAGGCGGUUGGCUGGGGAGGAAGCGAGGCGAGUAGCACAAAACAAUGGCGACAGCAGCAAUUGCAGCUGGGGGAGCGGGCUCCGGGGGCCCGGCGGCCGGGCAAGGGGGCAGCGGUGCUUCGACUCUCUCGGUGGGCAGAAAGAAAGAUGGGGGCCCGUCUGCUAAGUACUGGGAGAGCUCGGAGACGGUCUCUCAGCUGGAGUCGGUCCGGCUAUGGAUCGGAAAGCACUACAAGAAGUAUGUCCAGGCUGACUCUCCAUCUAACAAGUCCCUGGCUGGUCUGGUGGUACAGCUGUUGCAGUUCCAGGAGGAUGCCUUUGGAAGGAGAGUCAACAACCCUGCUCUCACCAAACUGCCUGCAAAAUGUUUCCUGGACUUCAAGCCAGGGGGUGCUCUGUGUCACAUCCUGGGUUCAGCUUACAAAUUCAAGAGUGAGCAGGGCUGGCGCCGUUUUGACCUACAGAACCCCUCACGGAUGGACCGGAAUGUGGAGAUGUUCAUGACUGUAGAGAAAACUCUAGUGCAGAACAACUGUCUGACCAGACCCAUUGUAUAUGUGCUUCCUGAUAUUGAGCCAAAACAGGCCAACAAGCUGAAGGACAUCAUCAAGAGACACCAGGGCUCCAUCACAGAGGACAAGACCAAGGCCACACACCACAUCUACCCUACACCCCCCUCGCUAGAUGAAGAGGAGUGGCUGCGUCCUGUUAUGCGCAAGGACAAGCAGGUGCUGGUGCACUGGGGCAUGUACCCCGACAGCUAUGAUACCUGGGUGUCAGCCAGUGAUGUGGAUGGGGAAGUGGAAGAGCCGCCCAACCCUGAGAAACCUUGGAAGGUCCACGCCAAAUGGGUUCUGGACACGGACUCCUUCAACGAGUGGAUGAACGAGGAGGACUAUGAAGUGGACGAGAGCAAGAAGCCUGUGAGUUUCCGCCAGCGCAUCUUCAUGCGCGAUGAGGAGUCAUCCCGCACUCCUGACCGCAAGGACAGGAAGGCAGCUGCCAGUGGGAAAAAGCGGCGGCGUUCACCUUCUCCUCCGCCCACCCCUGUCGAGUCCCGCAAGAAGGGAGGAAAGAAGGGCCACCCCGGCCCAUACUGGAAGCGGCGUGGCCAUCGCGAGGAGGAGGAGCCAGAGGAGGAUCUCACCAAGGAUAUGGAGGACCCUACGCCUGUGCCGAACAUGGAGGAAGUCACUCUGCCCAAGAACGUGAACCCAAAGAAGGACAGUGAGAACACCCCAGUAAAGGGAGGCACCGUGGCCGAUCUGGACGAGCAGGAGGAUGAACCCAUGGUCACUGGAGGCAAGGAGGAGGAAGAGCAGGGCAAGGCCGAGGUGAACCGGCUGAUCGACUCCAGUGAGGACAACGUCACAGAGCAGACGCACCACAUCAUCAUCCCCAGCUAUGCCUCCUGGUUUGACUACAACUGUAUCCACGAGAUUGAGAGGCGUGCCUUACCUGAGUUCUUCAAUGGCAAGAACAAGUCCAAGUCACCCGAGAUAUACCUCGCGUACCGUAAUUUCAUGAUCGAUACGUACCGGCUGAACCCCCAGGAGUACCUCACCUCCACAUCCUGUCGGAGAAACCUGACUGGGGACGUCUGCGCUGUGAUGAGGGUUCAUGCUUUCCUGGAACAGUGGGGGUUGAUCAAUUACCAGGUGGAUGCGGAGAGCCGGCCACUGCCCAUGGGCCCCCCGCCAACCCCCCACUUCAACGUGCUGGCAGACACCCCCUCUGGGCUGGUGCCUCUCCACCACCGCCCUCCCCAGGUCCCAGCUUCCCAGCAGAUGCUGAACUUCCCAGAAAAGGGCAAAGAGAAACCCACGGACCUCCAGAACUUUGGGCUCCGCACUGACAUCUACGCCAAAAAGAACCCCAAGAGUAAAGGAGGCAGUGCUGGCAGGGAGUGGACUGAACAAGAGACCCUGCUGCUCUUAGAGGCCCUGGAGAUGUACAAGGAUGACUGGAACAAGGUGUCAGAGCACGUGGGCAGCCGCACCCAGGACGAGUGUAUCCUUCAUUUCCUGAGGCUGCCCAUUGAGGACCCUUACCUGGAGAACUCGGACGCCUCCCUGGGCCCGCUGGCCUACCAGCCCGUCCCUUUCAGCCAGUCGGGAAAUCCCGUAAUGAGCACGGUGGCCUUCCUUGCCUCUGUGGUUGACCCUCGGGUGGCAGCCGCCGCGGCCAAGGCAGCACUGGAGGAGUUUUCACGGGUACGUGAGGAGGUCCCGGCCGAGCUGGUUGAGGCCCAUGUGAAGAAAGUGCAGGAAGCCGCGAGAAGCACGGGUAGACUGGACCCGGCCUAUGGCCUGGAGAGCAGCGGCAUCGCAGGGACCAGUCCUGACGAGCCCGAAAAGACAGAAUCAACAGAGCCUGAAAAGAUGGAGACUGACUCAGACUCCCAGCAGCCUGAGAAGGCUGAGAGCAAAGAGGAGGUUGAGAAGCCCAGCGAGACAACAGAAAGACAGCCUGAGAGAGAGAAGAUGAAGAACGAGUCCCAGGAGUGCGAGCGAGAGGAAGCUGAAAGUGAGGGAGGAGAGGAAAGCAAAACAGACAAGGAGAAAGAGGAGAGCCAGGAGAGCGGUGAGAUCAGUAAAGAGGGCGAGGGGGAAGAUGGCAGAAAGAAAGUGGAGCCUGAGGUGGAGGAGGGCAACAUUGCCACAGCUGCUGCUGCUGCCCUGGCUUCUGCGGCCACCAAAGCCAAGCACCUGGCUGCAGUGGAGGAGAGAAAGAUCAAGUCACUGGUGGCCCUGCUGGUGGAGACACAGAUGAAGAAGCUGGAGAUCAAGCUGAGACACUUUGAAGAGCUGGAGACCAUCAUGGACAGGGAGAAGGAGGCGCUGGAGCAGCAGAGACAGCAGCUGCUGACGGAGCGGCAGGCUUUCCACAUGGAGCAGCUGAAGUACGCAGAGAUGAAGGCUCGUCAGCAAAUGGAGCAGCAGCAGGCGGCUGCCGCGCAGAAUCCCGGGGCCCACCAUGGUCCCCCACCUGGGAUGAUGGGCCAUCAGCCCCCCUCUGGGUUCCCCCCAAUGCACCACCCCAUGGGCUCUCACCAUCCCCCACAGACAGGGCCGAUGGGAGGGGUCAGCCAGCCCAUGCCUGGGCGUGUCAUGCCCAGUGCCCCGCCCCCUGGUGGGCCUCCCCCUCCCAACAUGCCUCCCAUGAUGGGACCCCGACACCCAGGAGCCCCCAAUGGCAUGUAUCCUACUCCUCCAGCUGGACAGCCUGAUGGAAUAGCACCAGCUCCAGUGGGACCUCCAGUGGCCGCUCCUUCCCGUGUGGCUGAGAAUUAGGGGACACACAGCCUCUCCCCAGGACCUUCCAAAACACCGAACCAAACCCCCCUCCUUCACACAUUUUCGUCCUCCAACGCCCAGUCUCCAUCUGCCCCCCUGUGUGAGUGCAGUCUUUUCCAGGAGAGAGGCACACACACACACACCCCCACCCCUACCCCGCUGCCAGCGCUCUGCUCCUUGGUGUCGGCUACAGACAGAAAGACGUUCAGACAAGCAAUCAUGGAAGGCUGUCUUUCUUUGCUUUUUACCCUCUCUGAAAAUGUAUGCUUACUGUUUCUAAUAGGAAUCAUUUACUGACCUGCUGACAGAGGGUUUGAGUGGUGAGUAGCAGUGAUAGGCGGCUUUGUAGUUCUGGUUUAUUAACGGUGGAGUUUUUAUCGUACGAGAGAUUGAGAGAACAGCCUGGCUCAGUUUGCUUGGAGUUUUUUCUCCUACAAUUUGUUGUUUUUACAUUUUUCUUAAUAAAAAGUAAGACAGCACAUAAUCUGUAAGUAGGGUGUAUUGUACCUCUAGAACAGGGAGUGCAGAGUGCUGCACAGUCAGAGGACUGGGAUUAGGGCAUUUUCUUGUCAAACCUGACAGGGCAGGGAGAGAAGAAAGACAGUGUGGGUCACAGCACUACAGGAUACAGCUGUCACCUUCAUUCUCCUCAUUUCUCUCUCCCUGUAGCUCUAUUUCUGCCUCGGUCUCUCUGCUUCUCUCUGCCUGCCUGUCAUCCUCUCUUUCUCUUAGUCUCUUACUUGCCCUCUUUGUCACGUUUACUGUACAUGUGUUCCUUCUUCACUUACUCCUGAUAAUAAGGCACAGAGAGCACAGCAGUGACUGUGAUGCAGGAAGGGGAGUGAGUGAGAGUGAAAUCACUUUUCAGUCUGCCUUGGGUGGCGGCUGUCCGCAAUUGUGUACCCCACAGGAGCAGGGAAUAUUUGAAGAUCCUCUAAACACUUAAUAGACCCUGUUUCACCUCCACGUCCCCUCCUGUCCUUGCCCUCAAUCUAGCAGUAACCAUAGGCAUCUUUAGUCUUUCCUUUUUGACUAUCUACCUCGGACCCCUGGCCCCUGGGUCUCCUCUCUGGCGUCCCCUACUGUUGAUGGCUUGUCAGUAACGUGUGAGGUUUGAGCUGCAUUCACACUGGCUCUGUUGGCUUAAGAAAUGGAUGUGUUGGAUAGAUUUCUUCUCCUGUAAGUCGAGGUUAAUUAGAAAUGUGUGCACACUUUGAAAGCAGAGGAUCUAUUCUCUUGCAGUGCUCAUGUCAUCAGGAAAUAUUUGAUCAAGACUUUUUCUUUUGAUCUUAUCUUCUAUAUAUUAGCAUUAACAAUGUGAAUUCCCUGCUGCUUGAGAUAUGAGAGCAGUGAUGUAGUUAAACGAGACAGCAGUGUAAACAGCACUUUUAAUGAGCUACUAAGAGGCCGUCUUACACUGAUGAUACUGCUGUGUACACUACAUAGCAACAAGCCACCUGGAGACACUGGACAGAUCAAUAAUAAUGCAAAAGGAUUCUAAUGUUCCCUAUGCAAAAUGGCAGACAAGUUGCCAAACGAGCUCUCAUACAUUAAAAAAAAAUUCGUAGGAAUUGAUGAGCAAGAAACUAGCAGUUGCUCAAUGCAAAACUUCUCAGCUGGAGUGAUCUUUAAGACCGCUGCUGAUACAGAGAUUUUCUCUUGAUUUGAAGAUAAUUACACUGUGGUCCCUGCAGACAGCAUGACUUUCAAGUGGAGUCAUUUUGCAUUCCUCCACUUGCGUGUGAUUAUUUUGUCUUCUAAUCCAGAAGGCAGAUAGACCUUUGAGGUCUAAGAGUCAAGAGAACAGCCCCCACUCUGGUUUAGUGCUUUCUCUGGUCAGGCAGUGCGGUGUCUGGGUUUCUGAUGGCUUACCAACAUCAGCACCUCGCUGAACUGGUUUCUGACACUGCAGACGUUUUAGCACCAAGGGUGGCGACACUUGCAAAUGAGCCCAGACGUGGUGCCGGGGGUAUUUUCCUCCCUCUUUGCGUGGGCUUGAGUGCAUGUUGUACAGUAAACACAAGCCCAUGCACACAGCCUGAAGAUCUUCUUUUCUAGCCCCUCCCCACCUCAACCCACCAACUUCGGACAGUAUCGCAGCAGCCUGGAAUGCCCUUGUCGUGUGCAGAGGUUGUUCUGUUUCAUCUUCUGCUUUACUUCUGCAUGCAUAGGAAGCAGGGCCUAGAUGGUUUAGGUGGUGUGAAGCAGUCAGUCGGACUGACUGCAGUGCAUUCCUGCUGAGUGGAGGCCCUCCGGCCACGCUUUCCUCAGGUGACGUUACUAACAGACUGAUUGCAGCAGGGCCCCCUUUCUGCUGCGCCCCCUCUCCUCCAAUCGUUUUAUCACAGGUAACGGGAACCAAACUGCUUUGCCCUAUACAUUUCCUUUAAUGGCUUCUUUUUAUUUUAUUUUAAUAUUGUCUUUUUUUAAAAAAGGACUUGGCUUAGACCCACUUUCUGUUCUCAAAGUUUGUAGUUUUUCUUUUUUUUGUAAUUGUCAAAUUGGUACUGAGACCUUAACACUGUCAAAUAAAACUUGUGUUUUGUAUGAAACUGUG